AUGCGAUACUUUUUCUUGAUUUGUUGUCUUCGUAUUCACAUUUGUAUUCUUUCUCCAAGAUCUUUUUUCGCAGGUGUUUCUUUCUUUCUUUCUUUCUUUCUUUAUUUCUUUCUUUCUUUCUUUGGGAUCUUAUCUAAAAUCAACUUUCUCUUCCGCUUCUGUCAUUUAAUUUCUUUCUUUCUUUCUUUCUUUCUUUCUUUCUUUCUUUCUUUCUUUACGGCCUCAUCUAAAAUCGUACACAUUCGAAAAAGAUUUAUUAUUUGUUUCUUUUCUUUCGUUUUCUCUUCAAAAUUUAUUUCUAAAUUGUUAUUUUUCUUUCUUUCUUUCUUUCUUUCUUUCUUUCUUUCUUUCUUCAUGAUCUCAUCUAAAAUCUUCAUUUUUCAUCGAACCAAAUCAAAAAGAAUAAAUUAUACGCUUUCUGUUGAAUCUUUGUUCUUUCUUUCUAUUACCUUUUUCCUUCUCGGCACCUUCAUCAAUCCAAAUUCAUUCUCAGAAUUUUCUUUAUAUUCUCACAUCCUUCUUCUCAUUCUUAUUCAUAAUGUAACCCUCUCUUUCUUUCACCUUCCUACAUCUUCCUUUCUUUUUCCGUUCUACUCCUUUAUCCUUCUCGUCAUUUUCUUUAUUUUCUCUCUCUCGCUCUUUUUUUUCUUUCCUAAUCUAUCUAUCUAUCUAUCUAUCUAUCUAUCUAUCUAUUCUCUGCUUAGAAUCUAUCUAUCUAUCUAUCUAUCUAUCUAUCUAUCUAUCUAUUCUCUGCUUAGAAUCUAUCUAUCUAUCUAUCUAUCUAUCUAUCUAUCUAUCUAUUCUCUGCUUAGAAUAUCUAUCUAUCUAUCUAUCUAUCUAUCUAUCUAUCUAUCUAUCUAUCUAUUCUCUAUCUAUUCUCUAGAAUCUAUCUAUCUAUCAUCUAUCUAUCUAUCUAUCUAUCUAUUCUCUCUAUUCUCUAUCUUAGAAUCUAUCUAUCUAUCUAUCUAUUCUGCUUAUCUAUCUAUCUAUCUAUCUAUCUAUCUAUCUAUCUCUCUUAAAUCUAUUAUUUCUUUUCUUCUUUCUAUUCUGCCUGUCUUUAUUAUUUUCUCAACUAUUUCUUCUUUUUAUCUUCUACAUCCCUCCCCCUAUCUAUCUCUCCCUCCUCUCUCCCUAUCUCUAUCUUUCUCUCUCUCUCUCUUCUAUAAUCUAUCUUUUCUCUCUAGCCUUCCUAUCUUUCUAUCCCUCUCUCUGAAUCUUUUUCUCUUCCAUUUAUCUUCUAUCUAUCUUCCUUCCUCUAUUCUCUCUUCCUAUCUAUCUCAACCAGUUAUUUCUCAACCUCCGUUCUAUUCUUUAUCUUCGUUCUUUCUUUCUUUUUUUGUUUCUUUCUUUCCCCUUUCUCCCUCUUUUUAUAUCCCCCCUCUCUCUCCCUCUCUCUCUUUCUCUCUCUCUCUCAUUAAAUUCUUUUCCUACAGCCUUCCUUUCUCCCCCUGUCCAUUUAUUUCUUCUUCCUUCCUCUUCUCUUCCUCAACCUCCCGUUCUAUUCUUUAUCUUCGUCUCUCUCUCUUUCUUUUCUUCCUCUCUUUUUUCUUAUUUUUCUAUCUUUCCCAUGUAUUCCUUUUUAUUUUCUUUCUCUCUAUAUCUUUCUCUCUCUCUCUUUCUUGCCUCCGCCCUGUCCACUAUUUCCUUGUUUCUAUGUUCUCUCUCUCUCUAUCUAUCUAUCUAUCUAUCUAUCUAUCUAUCCUAUCUAUCCUUUAG